AUGUUUAAAAGAGAUAAGAAAUUCUUAUUUAUUGGUUUAGUCUUACCUGCAAUUUCAAUUGCAUUAUCUAUUAUAUUUAAUUAUCUUAUUAAUAUAAAUCCAUCAUUAACAACCAAUGUCUUUUCACCUUUUACUAAUUUGAGUUUAACACUCAUACCAAGUGGUAAUGGUACAGAGAGUUCUAUAGUAAAGACAAUGAAAGAACAAUUUGAUGUUGAAUUUCAAGAGUUUGAUAGUCAACAAGAGAUGUAUAGUCUCAUAUUGAAUGAUUCAUUGAUGUAUCAAAUCGGUGGAUAUUCAUUCAAUGAAACUGUACAAUCGGAUGGCAAUAUUUCAUUGACACAAAACAUCUAUUUCAACAGUUCAUACUUUAUUCCAUCAUUGACUCAGAAUUUCUAUAUUUCAGUUUUUAUCGAAUAUGCUUAUAUUAAUAUUUGUUUUAUUGGUUGUUAUUGUUAUUGUUGUUGUUGUUUAGAUAAAUUAUUGACAGGAUUAGAUCUUAAGAUCUAUGAAACACAAAAUUCAUUGGAUACUGGUAACGUUGAAAAGUUGUUUCCUAUGAUUGGACCAAUCAUACUUCAAUACGGUUAUGUAUUCUUGAUUCCUUAUUUCGCAAUCUUGAUUGUAAUCGAUCGUGAAAAGGGAAUUAAGAAUCAUCUCUAUCUCAAUUCACUGCAACGUAAAGCGUAUUGGGGUGGUUAUUUGUUGGCUGACUUUUGUAUGUUCUUGGUACCAUGUAUUCUCGGUUGGGCUGCACUCGCCAUUGCACACAUACCAGGAUUCUACAACAAUGCAGGAUCGUUCUUCCUAUUCUUUUGUUUCGGUUUAAGUUCUAUUCCAUUCGGUUACAUCUUACAGUUUCUCUUUGCCAAAGAGGAGACUGCCAACAAAUGGUUAUAUCCUAUAUCAUCGUUGUUUGCUAUUUUACCAUCUGUUAUUCUCACGUUUGCUAUUCAGGGUGAGACACCACUUGCCGUUCAAUUGAUUCUCUCUUUCUUGCCAUCUUAUUCACUCUACAAUGGUCUUUCACAAAUCGUUAGAAACCAAGGAAAGAUUGGUUUAACUAUCUUAAUUCAAUGUUUAUCCGGUAUACUUUACUUGUUUAUUAUCUAUUUAAUUGAAAAGAUUGGUAGUAGACCAAGACAUGCAGAGAUCAAAGAUAUUGAGAUGAGAUCUGAGAAAUCGGGUGAUGACGAUGUCAUUGCAGAGAGAGAUCUCAUCGCUUCAAAUAGACACAACAGAUUGAUCACUGUUGACGGUGUCUUCAAGCAAUUCACUGAAGAUAUGCCAGAUGACAAAUCAGGUGUCAAAAAGAGAAAGAUCAAAUACGCAGUAGAUGGUGUUUGGUUUGGUGUUGACAAUGGUGAAUGUUUUGGUUUAUUAGGUCAUAAUGGUGCUGGUAAAACAACAUUGCUAAAUAUCAUGACUGGUAUUCUUAAUCCUGAUUCAGGUGAUGGAACUAUCAAUGGAUAUAGUAUUCUCCAUGAUAAGGAGAAUGCUUUCGAGUCGGUUGGAUCGUGCCCACAAUUCGAUAUUCUAUUCGAUAACCUAACUGUUGAGGAACACCUCAAGUUCUACUGUUGGAUCAAGUGUCUCCCAUCGGGCCAAGUGAAACCACAGAUCGAAUACUUCAUCGACAAGUUUGAAAUCGAACAACAUCGUGAGAAGAAAUCGAAAGAGUUGUCUGGUGGUACCAAGCGAAAGUUGAGUGUUGCCUGCAGUUUGAUCGGUGCUCCCAGAGUGGUGUUCCUCGACGAGGCAUCCAGUGGAUUGGAUCCAGUCUCCAAGCGAACUCUCUGGGCACUGAUCAACGAGCUCAAAGUAGGAAAAGCUAUCAUCUUGACAACUCACUCCAUGGAUGAAGCCGACUUCCUCUGCGAUCGUAUUGCCAUCAUGAGUAACGGUAAGCUCAAGUGUCUCGGUACACCAAUGCAUCUCAAACACAAAUAUGGUUCUGGAUACUCUUUGGAUAUUCAACCAAUCGAUGUAUCAAACUCACAUGGAAUUCAUCAAUUUGUUAGAACUAUAUUCCCAGAUGCUGUUCAUGUUGAAAAGUUGGGUGGAAUUAUCACAUAUGAUGUUCCAAUCCACAAGGUAUCGUUGUCCAAGUUGUUCCGAGAGUUUGAGCAAAACAAACACAAGUUGGGUAUCCUAGAUUUCUCGGUAUCACAGACAUCACUCGAAAAAGUAUUCCUCAAGUUUGCAUUAGAGCAAUCUGCAUCCGACGACAAUGACAACACAAUUGUCGUUAACAAAAAUAGACUCGGUUGUUUUUAA